CGUCACACGCAUCAGCUAGUCUCCGCGCUAACAGCGCUAGUAAUAAUGUACUGUGUUCUGGAAGGAAUCAGCGUAAAAGUGUUUGGAAAAGCCAUUCAUGCCAUUUCACGUGUCGGAGAUGAGCUGUGGUUGGACCCAAUGGUCAAUGGAUUGGCACUGAGGUCGGUGAACUCUGCUCAGUCUGCAUACACCUGCUUCCUCUUCUCAUCGGUGUUCUUCAAGCACUACAGUCUGUGCACAGAGAAGGAUGCGGUAACUAUCAAAUGCAAAAUACCUGUGAAGUCCUUGUUGCCGCUUUUCCGGUGUUUGACCUCUCUUGAACGGAAUGUAAAGAGAUGUGAAAUCACUAUGAGACCUUCCAUCGACCAAGUAAUGAUCCUGUUUUAUUGCAGAUAUGGACUCGUCAAGUCUUACAACUUGUACUACGAGGAAAGUGAAGCGCAGCAGGCUGUGUUUUCUUCACAUCUCUGCACAAAUGUCCUCAAGGCUCCAGCAAGGCUUCUGGCUGAUAUGGUGAUGAUUUUUCCAGUCUCUCAGGAGGAGAUAACACUGUCCUUGACAUCAUCGAAAGUCAGUCUGAAAAAUCACCCUCAGAAUGGAAGUGGUGACAUGAAGACAGUGUACGCUGAGAUGACGGUACACCGAGACGAGUUCGACCACUUUCAGUGUGAAGGCGACUUGGACAUAACGUUCUGCCUAAAAGAGCUAAGGGGUUUCCUCUCAUUUGCUGACCUGUCCUACUUGCCGGUGUUGGUCCAGUUGAGUGCUGCUGGAAACCCGGUGCGCUUCACUGUAGAAGAUGCGGUUAUGGAGGCAUGUGUAGUUCUGUCAACAGAUGACAACCACUCCCAUUCAUCUCCUCCAGUGACACCGACCCAGCCCUCACCAAGGGGUGGAAAAAAGGGUGAGGUCCACGUGACUACAUCCAACAAAGCUCAUGGGAUACCAGAAAACCCAGGGAUAGUUUUGUCCAGCCAGGGAAGUCCUAUUAACAGCCCAGGGCUGUUGGCUCGAAUCACUGAGGAGAUGUGCAGCAGUGUUGCGACAACUCCGGCCUCAUCUACGGUCUGCUCACUGCUCUGCGGGGCCUUGUCCUCAAACCAGGAAAUCACGCUGCCUGUUCUGGCAUGCUACAGUGACUCAGAGGAUGUGGAGGAAGACUGAACCGGAAGUCAAUCACUCUGAGGGAUUCAAAGGCUCGACACACCUCAAAAUCACCCUGGAAGACUGCAUUUGUUUGGCUCCCUACCUCUUUAAACUCCUGGAUCUGAGCCUGUUCAAACAUGGAGAACACAUUGGAGUUGGCUCCCUCUGCUCUCCGCUUCGCUCUCUUGGGUGCCUGCAGGUUUUGAGAAGACAGCCACGAUGAUCUACGGCUAAGUCUUUCAUCCUCAGCAUCACAAAGCAAGAGUUGUUGUGAUACUUAACCCACGAUCAGCAAACCCAGGCAUUAAUAUUAGACGGCGUUCAAUUCAUUAGGGGGAUUACAAACGCUGAAACCGUUAGUUGUCAUGCAAAUAUUUACUCUGGGGUGCAAAUUUGUGAGAAUGCAAGCUAAGCCCCUAGCAGGGAGUGGUCGCACUGUCUGCACUCCCAGAGUCACCGGAUCACAUGGGGGAUUAUUCUAUAGGGCGCGGGUGAUGGCAGGAUGGUACACUGCGCUCUGUUUGAUCAGCAAUCCCUCGGAGGCGAGGAUUAUGUCGAGCUAUUUACACAAGUGCCAAGGAACUGUGAAAACUGUAUGGGGAUGCUGUACGGUGACAUCAUGUUGCCUGGA